CUUGGCCCUCUGGUACUUCGUUGUAGACUCGUCUCUUCCUCUGCCUUGUUCACGCUCCUCGAAGCGACUGCCUAUCGGUCUUCCCCCAACAGAAGGCCAACGAGGAGCUUCAGGUUUGGGUUCGGCGGUUCGAGAUUGCCUUUGCGAUGGAGUGGAGGAUCGUCGUCCUGCUGUUCGUCGCGGCUGCCGUGCUGGCGCUGGCGGACGCGGACAAGAGGUGCUCGAAAAUCGGUGGAGAUUGCGUGGCAGAUGGCGACUGCCCCAAGACGCUGGAGGCGGAUGGAGCUUGCAGAAAACAACUCGUCUGCUGUAAAAAAGGCAAGAAUGUCGAGAACGAAGGUAAAAAAGGCAAGAAGGUCGAGAACGAAGGUAAAAAAGGCAAGAAGGUCGAGAACGAAGGUAAAAAAGGCAAGAAUGUCGAGAACGAAGGUAAAAAAGGCAAGAAUGUCGAGAACGAAGGUAAAAAAGGCAAGAAUGUCGAGAACGAAGGUAAAAAAGGCAAAAAGGUCAAGAACGAAGGUAAAAAAGGCAAAAAGGUCAAGAACGAAGGUAAAAAAGGCAAGAAGGUCAAGAACGAAGAAUUUUCUCUUUCAAAACCAGGUGGAAAGAGCAAGAAGGUCGGACAUAAAAAAGGCAGAGGAUUGGGAGUACAAGGAAAGCAAGGUAAUGCCAAUUGCGAGCCAAGGCCUCGCUGUGAUCGAAACAACGGCACCUGCGUCGAGAGGUCGUGUUCUUCGACCGAAACUGCCAUCGCCGGCGGUUGUCGUGGAUCCGACUGCACCUGCUGCGUUAACGGAUGCAUUCCACGCUCCCGUUGCAACAGGAGACAGGGGACGUGCGUAAAACGACAAUGCAACGCGAACGAAAAGUUGAUCAAGAAUGCGUGCAAGGGCAAGGACACAGACUGCAAUUGCUGCGCGCCACAAGGAACUUGCAAGACGCAUAAAAAAUGUUCCCGCCUAAAUGGGGAAUGCGUGCCGGCUGGCGAGUGCGACGAAGCAGAGGAAUUCCAGGGAGGCUGCUCGAAAGGAUGCGUGUGUUGCGGCACGGAUUGCCCUGCCCGAAAAAGGUGUACAAAGAAUGGAGGUGUUUGUGGCAAGGAAGAGUGCGGUGCCGACGAGAGGGAAAUUCCUGGAGGCUGCAAAAACAAAAUCUGCAAAUGUUGCGCUGGCGGCUGCACAACUACUAGUAAAUGUACGGACUGGGGUGGCACUUGCGUACAGCCGGAAGAGUGCAAGUUCGACGACGUGGAUGGAAAGGGUUGCAAGAAAAAGGAAGGGUGUGUCUGUUGCACAGAUGGAUGCAGACCCAAAGCGAAGUGCGAGAGGCGAGGAGGAGAGUGUAUUGAGGGCAAGUGUGGCAGCAACACCAGGGAGAUAAAACAAGGGUGCCUCAAGCCCUCCUGUUCCUGCUGCGCUCCUGUAGCGGAGUGCAAGAAAUCAACCAAAUGCGAGAACCGAGGAGGCACGUGCGUCACGGCGUCGGAAUGCGAUGACCAAGGCGCCAAGAGGAGGGGCUGCGGCAAAGGGUGCUUGUGCUGUAACGAAGAUUCCAGUGGCGUCACCUGCAAGAAAUCAACCAAAUGCGAGAACCGAGGAGGCACGUGCGUCACGGCGUCGGAGUGCGAUGACCAAGGCGCCAAGAGGAGGGGCUGCGGCAAAGGGUGCUUGUGCUGUAACGAAGACACAGGUACAGUUUGCACGGCGGACAACAACUGCCCGGGAGACUGCAAGAAAAAUUGUUCCGCAAACGAAUUUGUAGUUGAAAACGUCUGCAGUAAUGAUUGCAAAUGUUGCGUUCCUGUCCCUGCGAGUUGCGCGGCGUCGCCGAACACCUGCAAGGGGAGUUGCAUCAAAACGACAGAUUGCAAAGAUGUCGACCUCAUUUCCAACUCCUCCUGUGAUGACCUCGGCUGCUCGUGCUGUCUGGCCUGCACUAUAGGGGCCAACUGCACAGCUCAGAGAGGUACCUGUCGCCAGAACUGUUUGGACACAGAAUCGGUACUUGCCAAUGGAUGCUCGGGCUUCAACUGCAAAUGCUGUGUUCCUGCCAACGUAACUUGCCCGGCCACACCUGCCACUUGCAAAGGAAAGUGUAUGGACGACCGGAUGUGUGGUUUAAGCGAACGUAUUGCGAAUUCCUCUUGUACUGGAGAAUUUUGCACAUGUUGCACGGACUGCACUCAUCUGACCAACUGUACCACGGAAAGAGGAGUCUGUCGCCAAAACUGCUUAAGUGGAGAAUCAGAAGUUACGAAUGGAUGUUCAGGCUUCAACUGCAAGUGUUGUAGACCUGCCGAUGCAACGUGCCCGGCCACACCCGCCACCUGUCAGGGAUUGUGUAAGGACAGUAGACGGUGCGCUGUAGCUGACCGCAUUGCAAAUUCAACAUGCACUGGGGAAUUCUGUACUUGCUGCAUAAACUGCACUAGUCAAGCCAACUGUACCGCGGAAAGAGGAGUCUGUCGCCAAAACUGCUUAACUGGAGAAUCAGAAGUUAUGAAGGGAUGUUCAGGCUUCAACUGCAAGUGUUGUAGACCUGCCGAUGCAACGUGCCCGGCCACACCCGCCACCUGUCGGGGAUUGUGUAAGGACAGUAGAAAGUGCGCUACAGCUGACCGCAUUGCCAAUUCAACAUGCACCGGGGAAUUUUGCACGUGCUGCAUAAACUGCACUAGUCAAGCCAACUGUACCGCGGAAAGAGGAGUCUGUCGCCAAACCUGCUUGGCUGGAGAAUCAGAAGUUACGAAUGGAUGUACAGGCUUUAACUGCAAGUGUUGUAGACCUGCCGAUGCAACGUGCCCGGCCACACCCGCCACCUGUCAGGGAUUGUGUAAGGACAGUAGAAGGUGCGCUGCAGCUGACCGCAUUGCCAACUCAAACUGCACCGGAGAAUUUUGCACGUGCUGCAUAAACUGCACUAGUCAAGCCCAACUGUACCGCGGAAAGAGGAGUCUGUCGCCAAACCUGCUUGGCUGGAGAAUCAGAAGUUACGAAUGGAUGUACAGGCUUCAACUGCAAGUGUUGUAGACCUCCCGAUGCAACGUGCCCGGCCACACCCGCCACCUGUCAGGGAUUGUGUAAGGACAGUAGACGGUGCGCUGCAGCUGACCGCAUUGCCAACUCAAACUGCACCGGAGAAUUUUGCACGUGCUGCAUAAAUUGCACUCCGCUAAGCACUUGCACCGAUCAAAGGGGCGUUUGCAAGCAGACUUGCACACAAGGCGAAAAGGAAAUUAACAACGGAUGUUCAGGCGCCGGUUGCAAAUGUUGCUCUCCUCCUCCUGCAACCUGCCCUGCCACAUCCACAUGCCAGGGAAAGUGUGUGGAUUCCAGAGAGUGUAAUACAACUAACGUCAUAACUGGUUCAACAUGCACUGGUGGUAACUGUACCUGUU